AUGAACCCAAGAACUCACAAAAGUUUGGAAGCACUUGCCAUUGCUGAAAUGACCAUAUUAUCCAGCGGGAGUCACCAAGACAGAGUUUGCUUCCCGGAGCCUCCAAGAUCACCCUUAACACUUCAAGGCAUGUCCACCGAUAUCUUAAGGAUAGAGCUCAUGAGGAAGCUACAGGAAGCUAACGAACAAGUGAACAAGCCUUGGAAACGGCGGGUCGAAAUUUCUAGAGCGAAGCAACUUGAAGCAGAAGAUGCGUUUCGCAAGUGGAACAUAGAGUCAUGGAAAGACCAGAAAGCUAUUAGAGCAAAGCGGUCGAUGAAAGGAGAUAACUUUCCUCGAUUCUCCUUCUUGAGCCAUGUGAACGAGCAUGAACCGCUUAGUAACUUCCCUAAGCCAGUGCUGAAACGUAAUGUUUCAGUCAACAGUCUUCUAAACUGGAAACAAGUUGAGAAACAGUUGGUCACUCCGAGGAUCAAGUCUUGGUUCAUACACAGCACGGUUCCAGAACAGAGUUAUUACAUGGUGUUCGCCGUUAACCAGGGUGUUCCCAGCAUCGCUCGCUGGAUACGUAUAGUUUCUUGA